AUGCACCUUUCGCUGGCACUCGGUGCCUUAUCCUGCCUUCCUUUCUCUCUCGCACUUCCCCAUCUCCAGGGCCGGGACUCAUCAGGAUACGUUGACUGGAGGAACUUCAAAGCCGAUGGUGUCAAUCUAGGAGGAUGGCUCGUGCAAGAGUCCACGAUUGACACUCCAUGGUGGGGCAAAUAUUCCCUCGGUGAAGAUGAUGAAUGGGGGAUAUGCAAGCGUCUUGGAUCGCAGUGCGCUUCUCUACUAGAGCAUCGAUACGCCACCUUUAUCACCGAAGCGGACAUCGACAAGCUGGCCGGCGUUGGGGUGGAGAUCAUCCGCAUCCCCACCACCUACGCCGCCUGGAUCAAGCUUCCCGGCUCACUCCUGUACUCUGGAAACCAGCUUACCUACAUCAAGAAGAUCUCGGACUAUGCCAUCGAGACUUACGGCAUGCACGUGGUCCUUGACCUCCACUCGCUCCCAGGCGGCGUGAACGGCCUCGACAUCGGCGAAGCCGUCGGCCACUGGGAUUGGUUUCACAACGAGACCGCACUCGACUACUCUCUGCAGACUGUCGACGCCGUGGUCGACUUCAUACAGAGCUCCUCUUCCCCCCAGUCUUACACCAUCGCGCCGAUCAACGAGCCUGCCGACAGCAACCAAGACAUGUCGGUCUUCGGCACCCCGGCCGCCCUAUCGGACCGCGGCGCCUCCUGGGUACUGAAAUACAUCCAGGCGGUCGUCGAUCGCGUGGCCGCCGUCAACCCUCGCAUCCCGAUCAUGUUCCAGGGCAGCUUCAAGCCCGUAAAUUACUGGUCGGGCCAUUUCCCGUCAGACACGAACAUCAUCUUUGACGUGCACAACUACUACUUUUCCAAGCCCAACGCCACCUCCGCUAACCUCCCCGCCUACAUCGACUCCGACGCGCGGACCAAAUCGGGCGACGGCAAGUUCCCCGUCUUCGUGGGCGAGUGGUCCAUCCAGGCCGCGAAGAACAACAGCUUUGCUCUCCGGGAGCGGAACUUCAACGCUGGCGCCACUGCUUUCCGCACACAUAUGCAAGGAAGCACUUACUGGACGGCGAAAUUUACCAGCAAUGUCACGGUGGACGGACAGGGAACGCAAGGGGAUUACUGGAACUUCGAGGGGUUUAUUGACCGGGGCUACGUUAAGCAAUUUGGGAGUAAAUGA